AUGGAUCUUGCUAUCGCCAAUUAUGGUACCAAUAAUGUCGGUAUCAUGCUUGGGGUUAGUAACGGCACUUUCACAAGACAAAGCACGCUCUUAACUGGUCUUAAUUCCCAUCCAUACUCGCUUGUCGCUGGUCAUUUAAACGAAGAUGACAUGCUAGAUAUUGCUGUCACUAACCAUGGAAAUAACAGUGUAGGUAUACUUCUGGGUCACGGUAACGGAACUUUUAUGAGCCAGGUGACGUAUUCCCUCGGUGUUGCUUCUCCAUAUGCUAUUGGGAUUGGUGACUUCAACAAUGACAAUCGAAUGGAUUUAGUUGUAACCAAUAAUGGCACUGACAAUAUAGCUCUACUUGUCGGAUAUGGCAACGGUAUUUUUGCAAGCGCAAAAAUGUAUUCAACUAGAUCUUCUUCAUCAAUCUCCAUUGCCAUAGGUGAUUUAAACAAAGAUAAUCGUUUAGACAUUGCCUUCAUCAACAAUGAUACAAGCACUAUAGGUAUCAUGCUUGGCUAUGACGAAUUUUUUCCUAUUCAAACGACAUAUUCAACUGGCACUUCUCCAUGCUCUGUAGCCGUUGGUGAUUUUAACCACGACACCCGACUAGAUAUUGUAGUUGCUAAUAGGGAUAGCAACACUAUAGGUGUACUUCUCGGAUAUGGUGAUGGCUUCUUUGCAAAUCAAACAACAUAUUCAACUGGCUCUUGGCCAGUCUCUAUAGCUGUUGGUGAUUUUAAUAAUGACAGCAAUCUGGAUAUCGUCAUCGCUAAUUUUGGUAGCAACAAUGUAAGUGUCUUUCUAGGAUAUGGAAAUGGCUCGUUUGCGAGUCAAACGACAUAUUCAACUGGCUCUACGCCACAAGCUGUAGCUGUUGGUGACUUUAACAACAACACUUAUCUGGAUAUCGUCGUCGCUAAUGCUGAUGGCAAUACUGUCAGUGUACUUCUCGGAUAUGGCGAUGGUUCUUUUGCAAAUCAAACGACAUACUCUACUGGCUCUGACCCAGUCUUUGUAGCUGUUGGUGAUUUUAAUAAUGACACCCAGCUGGAUAUCGUCAUCGCUAAUUUUGGUGGCAACACUGUGAGUGUACUUCUAAGAUAUAGCAAUGGCUCUUUUGCAAAUCAAACGACAUAUUCAACUGGCUCUAGCCCAGUAGCUCUAGCUGUUAGUGAUUUUAAUAAUGACAACCAACUGGACAUCGUCGUUGUUAAUCGGGAUGACAACACUGUAAGCGUCCUUCCUGGAUAUCGAGAUGGCUCUUCUGCAAAUCAAACGACAUAUUCAACUGGCUCUAGACCAUUGUCUGUAGCUGUUGGUGAUUUUAACAACGACACCCAUCUGGAUAUCGUCGUUGCUAAUUUUGGUGGCAAUACUGUAAGCAUCCUUCUCGGAUAUGGCAAUGGCUCUUUUGAAAAUCAAACGACAUAUUCAACUGGCUCUGACCCAAUUGCUGUAGCUGUUGGUGACUUCAACAACGACACUCGACCGGAUCUUGUCGUCGCUAAUUUUAAUGACAACACUGUAAGUGUACUACUUCGGUAUGACAGAGGAGCUCUGAAAGACAAAAUCAUAUUUGCGCCUACCGAUGGUUCUCAUUUGCGAAACGUUGCCCUUUUUGAUUUCAAUAACGAUAGCCUAUUAGAUAUCGCUGUUGUCAAUUAUGGUACUAAUAACAUAGGUGUCUUUCUUGGUUAUGGGAAUGGCACUUUUGGAAAUCAAAUGGUGCUCUCAACAGGCUUAAAUUCUCAUCCUUACUCCAUCACUAUCCAUGAUUUCAAUAGAGACGGUCAAGCAGAUAUAGCCGUGGCCAAUUAUGGUACUAAAAGUCUUGUUACGUUUCUUGGAAGUGGAAAUGGAACAUUUGAAAAUCAAGGACGUUACGGUAUAAAUUUUGAUUUUGCUCCACUGAUGAUUGGUGCUGGUAGUUUCAACAAAGAUGGGCGUUCAGAAAUUUUCGUUGCAUAUGAUGACAUCGAUUAUAUAGAUGUGCUGGUUACAUACGACAUCGGAUCUUUCAAUCAUGACAUUAAAUAUUCAACUGGCGUCUGGCCCCGAUCUGUAGCUCUUGGCGAUUUUAAUAACGACAACACGCUUGAUAUGGUCGUCGCUAAUCGAGGAGACAACACUGUUGGCUUACUUCUCGGAUAUGGGAAUGGUUCUUUCACUAAUCAAACGACAUACUCAACUGGUUCUAACCCAUUCUCUGUAGCUGUUGGUGAUUUCAAUAACGAUACCCAUAUGGAUAUCGUGGUCGCUAAUUCUAAGAACAAUACUGUAGGUGUCCUUCUCGGAUACGGUGAUGGCUUCUUUGAAAAUCAAACGAUAUAUUCAACUGGCUCUGACCCAAUUGCUGUAGCUCUUGGUGAUUUUAACAACGACACCAAUCUGGAUAUCGUCGUCGCUAAUUCGGGUGACAACACUGUAAGCAUCCUUCUUGGAUAUGCCGAUGGCUCGUUUGCAAAUCAGACGACAUAUUCAACUGGUUCUAAACCAUACUCUGUGGCUGUUGGUGAUUUUAACAACGACACCAAUCUGGAUAUCGUCGUCACUAAUUGGGGUGACAACACUGUAAGCAUCCUUCUCGGAUACGGCGAUGGCUCUUUUGCAAAUCAAACGACAUAUCCAACUGGCUCUAGUCCAGGUUCUGUAACUGUUGGUGAUUUUAACAACGAUACCCAUCUGGAUAUCGUCGUCACUAAUUAUGAUGACAACACUAUAAGUGUACUUAUCGGAUAUCGCAAUGGUUCUUUCACGAAUCAAACGACAUAUUCAACUGGCUCUGGACCAAGUUCUGUAGCUAUUGAUGAUUUUAAUAAUGACACCCUAUUGGAUAUCGUUGUCACUAAUUGGAAUGACAACACUAUGAGUAUCCUUCUUGGAUAUGGCAAUGGUGUUUUUACAAAUCAAAUGAUCUAUUCAACGGGCACUAGUCCUUCAUCUGUAGCUAUUGGCGAUUUUAAUAAUGACACCCGACUAGAUGUCGUCGUCUCUAAUGUUAAUGGGCAAAGUGUCAGUAUACAUCAGGGAUAUCCUAAUGAAGGGUUUUUUAAGCAGAUGAGACUCAUAACUGGGAAUGGAUCUCGCCCUAAGUCAUUCGCCAUUGGAGAUUUUAAUAAUGACAGUCAAAUGGAUAUAGCAGUGGCGAAUUCAGGCAAUAACAACAUUGGCGUUUUUCUGAGAUACGACAAUGGUUUUUUCAGAAAUCAAAUGGCAUAUGCAACUGAUUCCUCUCCGUGGUCAGUAGCCGUUGGUGAUUUCAACAACGAUACCCUACUUGAUAUUGUUGUCGUGAAUCAUGGCAGUGACAAUGUUGGUAUAUUUCUUGGAUGGGGCAAUGGUUCGUUUUCAAGCCAGAAAACGUUUACAACUGGUUUAAGCUCUCAACCAAACGCGGUUGCUGUUGAAGAUUUCAACAAUGACACCUUGCUAGACAUUAUUGUCGCUAAUUAUGGCACAAACAACAUAGGUGUGUUGCUUAGUUAUGGGAAUGGCUCCUUCACAAGUGUCAAGCUUUUUUCGCCCGGUUAUGGAUCUCUUCCGUUCUCGGUUUCUGUUGAUGAUUUAGACAACGAUGGAAAAUUGGAUUUCGUCGUCGCCAAUGAAGGUGCUGACAAUUUAAACAUUUUUUUACAGACCUGUUAAUAUUGCCACUGCUGGUUUAAGCUUUUUUUUUCAUUGAUUCAUUAUUCCUAACUUCUACUUAGCACUACUACUAUUUCUUCUAACUACUUUUGUGUGUGAGUAUAUGUUGAGAAUUAAAAUAUUUUACAUGAAGAUAAGAAAUAUCAAGUGAAGCUAUGACAAUACGUCUAAAUUUGACAAAGAAUUUCGUCAGAUGUAUGACAUGGAUAUGCCAAGCACAUAAUGAUGUGUUUCGCUCUUGUUUAAUGCUCUCAUCAUAGGAUUAGACAAGAGUUUCUUUUCGAGUGAUAUUAAGAUCGUAGAAACGAGAGAUAAUCUACAAUUAGCUUUUAUAGUUUUUUUCGAGACAUAGAGGGA